UAGCAGUGACGUAGUGAUAGCAGCCAAUGGUGCCGCGCCUUCUUAUGACGUCACGCUUACGUUCGCCAAUGGAAGAGGCGGCGGAGGCUAUAUAGUAGAAACCUCCACCAGAUUCCGUCCUUUCCGUCGUAACCACUCGACGCUGGCCUGUUGCCGAGAGCCUAGACCACAGUAAACCUCAUCCAACAUGGGCAAGGAGAAGACUCACAUUUCCAUCGUGGUGGUGGGCCACGUAGACUCUGGCAAGUCCACCACCACUGGUCAUCUCAUCUACAAGUGUGGUGGCAUUGACAAGCGUACCAUUGAGAAGUUCGAGAAGGAGUCCUCUGAGAUGGGAAAGGGAUCCUUCAAGUACGCCUGGGUGCUGGACAAGCUGAAGGCUGAGCGUGAGCGUGGUAUCACCAUUGACAUUGCCCUGUGGAAGUUUGAGACCAACAGGUUCUACGUGACCAUCAUUGACGCUCCCGGGCAUCGUGAUUUCAUCAAGAACAUGAUCACUGGCACCUCCCAGGCCGACUGCGCCGUGCUGAUUGUGGCGGCAGGCACGGGUGAGUUCGAGGCGGGCAUCUCCAAGAACGGUCAGACCCGCGAGCACGUGCUGCUGUGCUUCACCCUGGGUGUGAAACAGCUCAUCGUGGCUGUCAACAAGAUGGACAGCACUGAGCCCAAGUACUCUGAGGCCAGGUUCAAUGAGAUCAAGAAGGAACUGACUGCCUACGUCAAGAAGGUGGGCUACAACCCUACCAUCGUGCCCAUCCUGCCCAUCUCUGGCUUCAAUGGUGACAACAUGCUGGAGAAGUCUGACAACAUGUCCUGGUGGGGCAAACAGAAGAUCGAGCGCAAGAGUGGCAGCUAUGAAUACAUCACCCUCUUUGACGCCCUGGACAACAUUGAGCCUCCCUCCAGACCUGUGGACAAGCCCCUGCGUCUGCCACUCCAGGAUGUCUACAAGAUCGGUGGCAUUGGCACAGUGCCCGUGGGUCGUGUGGAGACCGGCAUCCUCAAGCCUGGCAUGGUCGUGAACUUUGCCCCCACUGGCCCCACCACUGAGGUCAAGUCUGUGGAGAUGCACCACGAGGCCCUGACUGAGGCUGUGCCCGGCGACAACGUUGGCUUCAACGUGAAGAACGUGUCUGUCAAGGAGCUGAAGAGAGGUUUUGUGGCUUCUGACUCCAAGAACGACCCCGCCAAGGAGGCUGGUGACUUCACUGCUCAGGUGAUCGUGCUGAACCACCCUGGCCAGAUCCAGGCUGGCUACUCCCCCGUGCUGGACUGCCACACCGCACAUAUCGCCUGCAAGUUUGCUGAGCUGAUCCAGAAGAUUGACAGGCGUACCGGUAAGGAGAUUGAAGCCAACCCCAAGCAGAUCAAGUCUGGUGACUCUUGCAUCGUGAAGAUGGUGCCCAGCAAGCCCAUGUGCGUGGAGACCUUCCAGAAGUAUGCCCCUCUGGGUCGCUUUGCCGUGCGUGACAUGAAGCAGACGGUGGCCGUGGGUGUCAUCAAGGAGGUGAACAAGAAGGAAGCCUCUGGCAAGACCACAAAGGCUGCCGAGAAGGCCCUCAAGAAGAAGUAGUAACCAGCAUCUUAGAGACAUUGAUAGGUUUACUGUGUUAUCUAGUCUUUAAGAUGUAUGGUUUUUAUAAGAAUAAAAAUGAAUGAAAGAACGGUAUUCUUCUCAACUGGCUUCUUGGAGGGAAAUAAACUUAAUUUGUA